UAUGAGAAAAUACCUUAACCGCAUACGCAACAUGCAUUUCCGACAUGCUUCUCUUUCACUCUGAAAUCUGUGUUUCGCUUCAUUGAAUAAAUUGGGGAAAUCCCUGGGUUGGUUCUCAUGUUUCAAACGACUGAAUUCAGUGUGUUCAGACUUUAGUUGCCGAUCGUACAAGCUGAGACAAUCUUUCAAUUCUCGAGCUGGAGAGAGACAGUGGUACAAUAUGUCUGGUUAUCCUACUGGAUUUGAAAAUACUACGAGGUUUCCAAAUAGACAUUCUGACGGCUAUGGACGUAAGCUCCAACGCGUAAGUGCGCCCGCAAGAAAUGAACAAUAUUUUCAAAGCGCAAGCAACAGACGCAGCAUUAAUAUCAGUAGCGUCGAUAGUGACAGUGAAGCUCAUGUUCCACCUGUAACCAAGCUCGAUAAACGUGGUCGGACAAAAAACAAACAGAAGACUAGAAGUCGCGGACGAUCGUUGGACAACGCACUUACACAAGCAGAAGUCGUGAAACCGAAACCUCUAGCUCGCACUAAAAUAAACAAAUAUGACGAUUAUAAUAACUACAGAGAUGACCAUUCCUAUCAAGGGGAUGUAUCACAAUUCGGUGACGUCCGAAAUGAACAAUGGGAUUCUACAAUUGACUCCAGAACAUCUUAUCACCAGCGUUCAGCUACAACUCCCAGAGAAAAGGUGCAUUUAAACGAAAAUGAGUACAGUGAACUUCAAGAGUUACGAAUGAGAACUGCACAGAUGGAGAAGACGUUAAGAUGGUGGUCUGAAUGUACCUCAAACUGGAGAGAAAAAUGGACCAAAGUCAGAGCUGAAAGAAACAGAGCAAGAGAAGAGUUUAAAAGAUUGAAAGAAGAUUAUGACAAUGCUGAGAAGGAAUUAACAGUUCUCAGGCAACAAAAAGUUCUGCUUAUUAAUGAAAAUACAAGUUUGAAACAUGAUGCAUCUGAUAGAUCAAGCCAAUCUCCAUCAGAUGGUAGCAGCACAAAGUCCAUCACACCAAGGGAUAGCAGCCGAAAAUCCUUCAGCAGUACUUUGUCGAAGAAGGGCCAAUCCAAUGCUAAAUUGGACGAAGAACAGAUAAAUCAAAAAGCAGUUGCUUUACAACUAAGAGUUGAAGAAUCAGUAAAGACUGUUCAGGCAGAAAGAGACACCAACUUGAAUUUAAACAAACGAAUAGAAACCUUAGAACAAGAAUUAUCCACCCUGCAGCAUAAAUAUGAUGAGCUGAAAUCAAGUAAACAAGACCUUUUAAAGCAGUUGUCACGGAAACAAGAGAGUCAUCGAUUAGAGGUUGUUCGAAUCAACACGAGUUUGGACGAGGAAUUAGAGAAUAGAAAUCGGAUGGAGAAGAAGAUUCAUGAUCUUCGGGAAGAGAUUGAAAAGUUGCAAGAGGAAAAUACAGCUGAGUGGGGUAAGAGGGAGAGAUUAGAAACGGAGAAGCUUCAACUUGAACGUGAGAACAAAAGAUUAAAAAGUAACAGGGAGGAGAUCAAAGCAGAGUUGGAUCGUAAGUUCAAAGCAACUGCAGAGGACAGGGACAAUGAGCUUCGCCAUGCUCAAGCUGAACUUCAUGAGUCACGAGAGGAGUUAAACGAUCUGCGUCGUCAUGCCGUUCGUGAUGAGAAGUUGCUUACUGAUCGACUGGAAGAACUGGAGCAUAGUAGGAGGAGAGCUGAGCAGCAUGAGGUGGAGGUUAGAGCUCUUAGGUCACGAGUGGAGGACAUGAAGAAGCAGCAGACAUCACUUGAAGAUGAGUUGGAUUUGUCCCAAAAUCAAUACCGUAGAAUGGUCCGUGUGGUUGAAGAAAGAGAUGAAGAGGUGGAGAAACUGAACUUUCAAAUGGAACAAGUUCAGUCAAGGGCAAGAAGAAAUACUUCACCUUGGCCAAAGAACUCAUUUGCUAAAAAUCGAGAAACUGAAAGUGUGCCAAGUAGUUCAGAAUCCUCAUGCGAAGUUUAAAAUUCUUAAUGUUUUAUACCACUGUUUUGUAAGGUUCAUUUUUUAGUGUAUAUUGCGCAAAUUAUUGUAAAACACUGUAGAUUUUCUAAAAAUUUUGGCAUACUAUUUAUUAAGGCACCUCAUUCAAUCUUGUUUCAUGUCUGCUGUGCAAUGCAUGCUCUUAUAUUUCUUCCUCAUUUCAUUUUAACAAACACUUUUUUUUGUAUAAAUUGAAUCAUGAACUGUUACAUGACACUGUAUAAUUAUGUUCCUAUUAUUUGCACUCACUUAUGUAAAUGAAGUAGAGUAAUAUUUUUUAUAGAAACGUAGAAUAAAAUACUC